GGACGCUGAUCGAUGUGCUCUGUGGUCGAUCAUUCAUGCCUGUCCGUGGCUCUCUGUUGUUUUCCGAUCAAUAUGGCGGCGGUUGGCGAGGACUGGCGCUCCGGAGCGGCGGCUUCACGGAUUAUAUACAGAUGAAACCUACUGGCUGAAGAACCUUGGUCUUCCAAAUGUGUACAUUGUCAAACAGUAUUUUAAAUUUAGACUCCAGUCAUGGCUUAUGAUGAAGCAUUCAAGAAAAAAGAAGAUUGUAUAGUGGGUGAAAGCGGAAUUGAAGAGGUGGGUCUGGCAGCAGGCAGAAGCCAACGAGAGAAGAAGCGCUCGUAUAAAGAUUUGCUGAAAGAAGAGGAGGAAAUAGAUGCAGAAGUCCGAAAGUCAGCCAAAAAGAAAGUGAAGGAGAUUGAAGGUUUCCUUUUGGGUGCUGAUUUUCAUAAGAAAAAGAAGAAAUUACACCAUUUAACAGGAGAAGAGUUCUACUAUGGAGAGCUGUCACCUAUGGAACCUGUAAAGAAGAAAAAGAAAUUUGAUGGUCAACAGCCUGACACUGCCAUGGGCCUCCUCAAGGCUAUAACCUCACCGGUACCUACAGUCGCAAAGCCUUCUAAAAAAGUCGAGAAACCAUUUUCUGCUUUUGGCUCACCGUCCUACCCUCCUCCUUUUUACACAGAGAGUAAGAAGGAGCACAAGAAAAAAGCUGCCAGUGCAGAGCCCGAGGAUCUCUCUGAAGAAGGAAGCUUCCACAAAUCAAAGAAGAUGAAGCCACUUUUUGUAAAUACGGACACUGUGACUGUGCGUGAGGGGGAGGGUUUAAAAAUGAAACUCCUCCUCUCACCCAAGGACAAAUCGGGCAUGGAUGAUGAGGCAUUUAAUUUUGCAGGGACGUCAAGUUUAAAGAAAUCAUCCAAGAAGGUGAGUAGGGAGGAACAUGGCACUUUUCUUUCUGCCCUCGAUGCCCACAGUUUGCCAAAGGCAUCAGCUGUUCGCAAAAAACAUAAGUCAGAGUCUCGGGUUAGUGAGGGCUUUGACUCUGCUUCGCAUUUCUACACUGACGUUCACGCCAGCAACCUUUCCGAGUAUGAGUUCACGGGUUUAGAGACAUUGGACUCUGCAUCGUCCUCUGGUGGGGAGCUUGAGGCGGGAGAGCUAGUUAUCGACGAUUCUUUCCGAGAGAUGAAAAAGAAAAAGAAGAAAGACAAAAAAAGCAAAAAGAAGAAGGACAAAGACAAACACAAAGAAAAGAAACACUCAAAAUCUAAGAAGCUGCUGGCUCAUGGCUCAGGGAAGGUCUUGUCAGCCACGAAGUGCUGUUAUCCACCGCAGCCGUCCGUUAGCACACCUUAUGCAAUAAAUGUGCCCCCACCUUCCAUAUUCCAUAUUGAAGGACAGACCGAGAAAAAGAAGAAAAAGGAAGAAAGAGACAAAGAAAAGAUUGAGAAACCUGAAAAGAAAAAAAAGAAUAUGUCUGCUUAUCAGCUGUUUUGCAAGGAGUACCGGAUUAAUAUUGUUGCUGAGCAUCCAGGAAUAGAUUUUGGUGAGCUCAGCAAGAAGCUGGCUGAGGUAUGGAAACAGCUUCCUGACAAGGAUAAACAGGUAUGGAAACAGAAGUGCCAAUACUUGCAGCACAAGCAGAAUAAAGCUGAGGCUAUGACAGUGAAACGGAAGCUCACUGAUUCAUUGGAAGAGGCAACUGUUAAACAGAAAGGCAAGCAGAACCCAUCAUCGUUGCCUGGUGUCGUGACACCUCAGAAGAAAUCAGCCCUCUUAGUGGGUUUAGGAGGCAGCAGUCAGUCCUCCUCUCCAGUUAAAAUGCCAGAUGCUGACCCAAUCGAUGUUGCAGCGCACUUGCAGCUUCUGGGAGAAUCACUGAGCCUCAUCGGCCACCGAUUGCAAGAAACUGAGGGCAUGGUGGCUGUGUCCGGGAGUCUCUCUGUCCUGCUGGAUUCCAUAAUCUGUGCACUGGGUCCUUUAACCUGCCUCACAGCACAGGUUGAUCAUCUUAAUGGCUGUCCAAAAGAAGUUCUGGCUCACACGCUGGAUAACAUUGCUUAUAUCAUGCCAGGACUUUGACCUUGAGAGAUGUUUGGGACUGGAUCAAUAGCAGAAAACUGAAUAAUAUAUUGUAGAUAAAGAUUGUUUAGCACAUUUGUAUUGUACCCUUUCCCAUAGUAUUGUAAUUAUUGUUGAAUGCUGUAAAAAGCCUGCUUUGAAAUGGUUGAGACAAGGCAAGCCCGGGAGACGUGCUGGGAAGAAGGUGCAUUUCGCGAAGGGAUCAUUGGGUUGAACAUUGAUCUACCAGGAAUCACUGAUGCCAAAUAUCAAUGCCAGUGCUGGACCAUCUUCUGCUGAAACAUAAUUGUUUUCACGGGUAUGCAUCAUUUUGUAAGUUUGUAAUGUUAAAUGUAUAUUACAAUUUUUUAAGAACUCCACUUCUGGAAUAAAAUGAAACAUUGGAAAUAUUUAGCAGGUCGUUCACCAUCUGAAAAACUAAAUAGAGGGUGUUGUGAUGAAAGAUCACAGCUAAAGUGCCAAACCCAUCUUGUGCUUUCAGUUGAUGAGCAACCUGUGGUGGAUUUGCAGUGUUUUAUAUUUUAUUUCAUUAUUUUAUAGCACUGAAAAUGCAGCUUUUCUUGUUUCACAAUAGUUCUUGCUUAUUCCUUGUGGGAAAUGGCCUUCAAUUGGGCUCCGUUCAGCUCUUGUGGAUUUUUCCUAUGAUAGAUAAAGUGCCCACUGUGAGUACAUUUUGCUGAGGAGCGUAAUGUUUUUUGGAAUUACUAUUAUCCAUGACUAAUUUUCCUUUUUCAAUAUAACUCUAAAAUCUGAUUUGAGCAGGCAGAUUUUUGUACAACUGUGUCUCUGUCUUUCUUGCAUUCAGUAUUGAACUUUUGCCUCCUCCAUUCAUGAACAACUGAACUAGCAUGAAAAUAGCAAACACUGGUUAGCAGGGCAGGCAGUAUCUGUGGAGAGAGAACUGGAGUUAACCAUUUCUGAUCAAUGAUCUUUCAUCAGAACCUGACUGGUAUCAGGUUCUGGAGUGUCUGAACAGUGAGUAUCAUAUUUGACCUAAUCCAGUCCUUACCAAUUUGCAAAUGUGCACUUCUCAGCUGAAUCAUCGGGUAGAGCUCAGGAGAGAGAUCACUGACCUUUUAGACUAUUCAGCACAGUGCCUUUUGUGCCUAUGUAGCUGUCUGAAAGUGCUGUUCAAUCAGUCUGACUCCCCUGUCCUUUUUCAUUGCCCACAAGUGUUAACCCAUCAUUUUGUUUUCCUUUCAAGCAGUGGAUACAGAUCCUCAAUCUGCUGAGUUUAACAAAAAUUCUCUUCUGAUACCUUGCCAAUUAUUUUCUGUCUGUAUUUACUUGUUGCUGUUUCUUCUGCUACCAGAAAUAAUUUCUCUUCAUUUCACUUAUAAAACUUAAAUCUUUUGUCCUAAAGAGAACAAUCCAAGAUUCUCAAAUUUCUCCAUGUGCUAAAACUCCACAUCCAGGCUCUGUUCUAUUAAAUCUUUAUAGGACCUUUCUCCCACUCCAACUGAAGGUAAUUGUAAUGCCUCAUUAUUGCUUGUUUCUUCAUUUCUGUGUGCGAACAUUAUGGCGCAUUAAAUAAGUGGCAUUAUAAAUUGCAUUUCCUGAACAUUAUGGUGUAUUAAUUAAGUGGUAUUAUAAAUUGCAUUUCCAGAAUAUGUUAGUAUAUCCAGUAAUAAAUAACCUGAUUCUCUAACUGGUGUUGUGUGCAGGACUGGUAGGUUCAGUGGGUUAAAUGCUGUGGUGACAACAUUCAUUAUGUUAUACAUUUAUGAAGCACCUUGGGUGUUUCCUAAUUUAAAGUAGCUAUAUGAAUUUUGUUCUUGCUGCAAUGCUCUCUAUUGGAGGGAAAUUUAUAAUAUUUCCUAUUUUUUGUCCAUUGUUUUUUUCCAGAGUUUGCCUCUGUAAGGCCAAUAUGUCUGAAGCUUUGUGCAGCUGCUGUAGCCUAUAAACAACUAUUUAAAAACCAGUAACCUUCAUCAUGGAAUGUAUCCCAUGUUGAAAAAGCUAUACCCAUUGAGAGAUUGAUACAUUCAAAGCCUAUGAUUCUGUACUUGUAAUAAUUUAAAACAGCAAAAAUUGUUGUGUUAUGCAGAAAAACAGGGUUGUCAAAAUGGCGGACAAGUUCUGAACCUUUUGGUGAUUAGUACCAUUUGUAUAGCACCAUUUUAAAGUAACAAUACUUUGUUAUUUCAUUUGUUUGCAAACCACAUGAUUGUCCCAUUGUAGAGUUUUGAUAGUAGUUUCCCAGUACUUCCCUAAUGGUUAUGUUACUUUAAAACCAUGAAUUGUUUUCCAACCCAAUGGAGGUAGUUGUAUUUGGACAAGAUCAGUUAAACAAGCCACAAAGACCACCAGAGUCAGAUGUUAAUUGAAGAAUUGUUGGCUGAAUCACUAUCAUUAUUUUCUACCAUAUCUUCAGUUAAUUCACAUUUUAAUGAGUGAUUUUUUAAAAAUAAUAUUCCUACUUAUAAGCCAAUGUUUUUCAUUUUCUCCAUCAAUGCAACCAAACAGAUGAAUGCAUGUGGCUGCAUGAAGGAGCUCCCUAAAUGGAAAUGAUUGUGAUACAGGUUGUUUAGUAUAAUCACUUAAUUCCUAGAACAUGUUUUAAGGGGUUGGGUACCAUUCAAAGCCCACUUUGAUAUUAGUGCAAAAGAUGAAUCCGUUUAAUUCUAGGAAUGUGGGAAUGCUUCUAGCCUGAGCUUGCAUGGGUUCACUUGUGAGAAGCUGUGCAUAAAAUCUGAAGUCAGUUGUAAUAUGGGUGUUUAGAUGAAAAUAUGAACCUGUCCAGUUUUCUUUUGCCUCAGUAGGUGCCUCUCCUGAUUGAAGUGGCAUGUUUUGGACUAUCACUUUCACACUUGUGAAACAACUUGUUUUACUUCCUUUGUAGGUAUAUUUUAUUUUCAUAAAUUCAACUUUGAUGCAAGUUUGCUCAUGCCUUACUAAGCUUUGAAGUAUUUUUAGUCAAUUAGUGUGUGAGGAUAUACUGUAGAAACAAACAGGGGAUGUUCAGCCCCUGCUCUGCCAUUUAAAUAGAUUGUGACAGAUCAGCAUCUUCCAUCUGCAUGCUGUGGUUCUGCAACCAUUCGUAGUCUUAGCUAAUAAAGGUUUAUCACUCUCAGUUCUGAAACUGUUAAUACUUUAUGUUUGUAGGAAUGAGGGAGAGGCAGGGAGUUUCAGAUUCCUGUUUCUUUUGUAAAGAAGGGUUUCUUGACAUUAGCCCUACAUGCCCUAGCUCUAAUUUUAAAGUUGGGCCAUCUCACCCGCUCUUGCAUGUUCUGGACUCCCACAGAGAAAUACUCUUACAAAUCCUUUCUCUGCUUCCAAUAAAGUGCAAUGUGACCUCUGUAAGUACAGUGCAGGAGAUGGGACAAGAGGUGAUCCUUGAUGUCUAAUUGUCAACAAAUGAGGUAGCUCUUUCAUGAAAAGUGCCAAACAUUUACUCUACAGUGUGGCAAUACCAACCAAUCCACAAUUCAAACCAUUCAGAUGCAUUAUUUUGAAUCGGGGUUUUAACUUGCUCUUUCAGAGCACAAAGGAACAUCGUAUCUCAGAAGUCGCAUUGCUGAGAAGGUACCAGUGUCCUAUUUCCUUCCUGUACAUAUCUAGGCCAAAUAGGCUUGGCUUAUUUAUUUAGCAUGUGCAGCUUUGAUAUAUUUGUGGGUCAUAUAUCCAACACUGGUACCUUUUUAAAGGGUGAUGAGGUGUUGUGUAAGAGCUCUUAUGGCUGAACUUAACAGCAGUUAAAUUGUAAUACCUGGAACUUACAGCGUAGUUGAAAGUUGUGAAUCCAAAUAGUGCAAGACAAAUCCCAGAUAUCAAAAGUUCAGAAUGUGACCAAUCAUCAAGCUAAUGAAAGAGGUUGGAGUGGAACAGUCAGUGAUGAAGAAAAACUUUGAAAAUAAAAGAUAAUCAGCAUUUAACCCACUAAUUAGAAAUAAGAUGUGUGUGGAAUGGGGGGGCGGGGCAGGGGUAUGGGUGGGGGAGAGGGUUGUGGUUACAGAGUCCUGCUCUAUUGGAGUCGAUUUGCACAUGUUCCUUCACUUUUGGAAUCAGAAUUUAGGGCCCAGCUCAAAUAAAAAAAACUUCUUUCUCUGUCUAGCUAAGAUCAGACCAUAGGGAAGGUUGGAAUGGGGGCUGAUAAUGUCUUGCUAAAGCAAUCGAAGAGAAUUUUCAGAGGCAUCUUUUGAAGCUGAAUGGGGGGAAUAUUACUCCAUAUCUGACCUGGGAAUUAUAAGCUGCCACCGAGUGCUAGAAAAUCUACAUGGCUGCUCAAAAAAACACACUGAAAUAAAACUAAAUGUGUAGCUUUCUCUUUGCAGUACUUGUUGAGCACAGCUCCCCCAGAGGAAACCACCACAACUCUGGGUCAGUGAGAGUUACUGAACUGAUUUUAUCUUUUGUAAAACUGUAAUUUGGAUGAAGUUUGAAAUGUUAAUGGGUCACAUUGGUUUGUUUUCUGAUACCACCAUUUAAUUACAAGGCUUGUUGAUAUCCAGAACAAUUCUGAAGUACUGUUUCACCAAUAAGUUGGGCAUUUCUCUCUUAAAGGUUUAUAUAUGUGUGUUUAUUGUAUCUUUUUUAAAAAGAAAGCAAAGGUUUAGAAUAUUUGCUGUUUUUACUUUGAGCUUUUAUAAAAAGUUCUUCCCUGUCUGUCUUGAUUUGCACACAGUAAACUGUAGUUGUACUGUAUGCUAUGAUAUAAAAGAUAAUGAGUUUUUGUACUCUGUU